UCCCACAUACAUAUUCCUGCUUUUAGGAGGCUAUAAAAGAAGCCACCACCCUGGGCUUUUCUCCUCACUCGGCUACGCCUAUCUCCAUUCCAUUACCAACCAACCAACCAACUGCGUCUCCUCCUCUUUAUCUCUCAUUCCCUCUCACAUUAUCUUCUCUCCUCGUCCUCCUUUGACCUCGCCAUUUUUUUUUUCCCAUUUCUGAGAGCUUUGAGGUGUUUCGGAAGGCCAGGGAGGCGCGCAAAGAAAACAGAGGCUUUCAUCCGUUCUAAAUCCAAAAAAUGGGUCUACUAUUCUCAUGUUCCGCAGACGACCGUGAUUCUCUCGACGAAAGCUUUGAAUCUCUCCUCAUGAAAUCUUUCAACUUCAAUGACAAUAUAAACACGAGCCUUCGAUCGGUUAGUUUCGACGGUCGCGAUUCCGAGCCCACCAUUCUGAAAGCCCUUGGCUCAGGCAAACUAAUAAUCAAAGGAUCACUGAGCUUUAAAAGGGAGGAACCAGAUUCACUUCACUUAGAAACCAUGAUCUCUAUAAAGAGCCCUACCUCUGAUAAGGAGACUACGAAACUGGUCAAUCCUGCUAAGAGGUUUAGACCUUCGCAAGAAAUGGAGCCAGAAUCACCGGUUAUCGGGCUGGACAGCCCGAAACAUGAGGCAGCGGUGAAGUUGCAGAAGGUCUAUAAGAGCUUUAGAACAAGAAGGCAGCUUGCGGAUUGUGCCGUCCUCGUAGAACAAAGAUGGUGGAAGUUACUGGAUUUUGCUUUGCUGAAAAGGAGUUCUGUGUCGUUUUUCGACAUUGAGAAGCAGGAAUCGGCUGUCUCAAAAUGGUCGAGGGCGAGAACUAGAGCAGCUAAGGUUGGCAAAGGUUUAUCGAAGGAUGAUAAAGCUCAGAAACUUGCUUUGCAGCAUUGGCUCGAGGCAAUUGACCCGAGACAUCGAUAUGGUCACAACCUUCACUACUACUAUGAAGGUUGGUUUCGCUGUGAGAGCAAGCAACCCUUUUUCUAUUGGCUUGAUGUGGGCGAAGGAAAGGAGGUCAAUCUCGAAGAGAAGUGCCCUCGAUGGAAGCUUCAGCAGCAGUGCAUCAAGUAUCUAGGACCAAAAGAAAGAGAGGCUUACGAAGUUGCCGUCGAGGAUGGAAAGUUCAUGUACAAACAAAGAAGGCAACUCCUCGACACGUCCGAGGGUUCCAAAGAUGCAAAAUGGAUCUUUGUAUUGAGCACAUCAAAGACUUUAUAUGUUGGUCAGAAGAAGAAAGGAACAUUUCAGCACUCCAGUUUCCUUGCUGGAGGUGCCACAUCUGCUGCUGGGAGAUUAGUAGUAGAAAAUGGAGUUUUGAAGGCUGUCUGGCGGCAUAGUGGACACUACCGCCCGACAGAAGAAAACUUUCGGGAAUUCAUGAGUUUUCUCAAGGAAAACAAUGUGGAUCUUUCCAAUGUAAAGUUAAAUCCUACAGAAGAUGAUGGGGAAUUUGGGGGUAGACUAACAAGCAGCUAUUCUGAAUUGGAUCUUGCUGGAAGGAACGUCUCUGAAAUGCUUGAAGAUGAAAUAGAGCCGUGUAAUGCUUCUACUGCAGAGAGAAGCUCCACUGCAACAGAAAGCUCUAGUUCAGCGGAGGGCCCCUCAGAAUCGAGUUUUAGUUGUUCCUCCAUUGGAUUCAAAUUAGGAGGACAGAGAGAAGUGGAACGGCCGAUUGAUCUAACGGUAGAGGACCCAGCAGACAGUGAUGAAGAGAAUGAAAAGCAAAUAAACUCGUCUGGAAAUGAGGAAAGAGUUGAAGAGCCAUCUACUUCUAAUAGGCCUCAUGUUUUCCAUAAAAGAAACUUGUUUUUCGAGGAGCAGGAGGAAGAUGAAGAAGCCUCUGUACCACAAGAACUGAUCCUUAGGAGGAUUAACUCGAAGAAAGAAAUGAAGUCAUAUCAACUGGGGAAGCAAUUAUCCUUCAAAUGGACUACAGGGGCCGGCCCUCGAAUAGGGUGUGUAAGGGACUAUCCCUCCGAGCUUCAGUUCCGAGCUUUAGAGCAAGUCAACUUAUCGCCGCAAAGCGCAGGGGCUUCUAGGUUUUGUUCCCCACGAACUAACCCAGGUCCAAAAUUUGCAGAAGCAUCUGUACAUAAAGAAGAUCCACUGCCACAAUAAUACAAACCAGAGUAGUAGAUGGAGCAAAUCCUCUAAAUCUUGGUAAAUUGUACGUACACACAAGAUGAGAGCAUUCAAUUUUAUUCA